CCCCCGUACCCAGAAUCCCGCGCGCGUCACCUUCCGCCCUCCCUCCCCCACCCUCUCUCUCUCUCUUUCAACCGCCAUCAGCAGCCGCCAUGGGUAUCUCUAGAGACACUUGGCACAAACGCCGCAAGACAGGAGGCAAACGCAAGCCCCUGCACAAGAAGAGAAAAUACGAGCUAGGACGUCCACCGGCAAACACCAAGCUGGGGGUGAAGCGUGUUCACGUUCUCCGAGUGCGUGGUGGUAAUAAGAAGUUCCGGGCGCUGAGGCUGGACAAUGGAAACUUCUCCUGGGGGUCCGAAGGCUGCACCCGCAAGUCGCGCAUCAUCGACGUGGUGUACAACGCGUCCAACAACGAGCUCGUUCGCACCAAGACGCUCGUCAAGAACUGCAUCGUGCAGAUCGACAGCGGACCGUACCGACAGUGGUACGAGGCUCACUACGCACUGCCGCUAGGCCGCAAGAAGGGGGCAAAGCUGGUGAGUGG